UUUAUCUGUACAGUGUGCCAUGGGUAUGUAUAAUGUAUUUAAUGAUCCAUAAAUGGCUUUACUUAUCAGUCACCUUGGCUUUGCCACAGACAGGUGUGUUUGGGCCCUUUGCCUUCCACCUGUUCCUUUUAUUAGUCUUCUGUAAAUAGUGUUUACAAUUUGUUUGAGAACAAACCCGCCUCGAGGGCCAAUUAACAGGCAUGUGAAAUACAUCCGAAACCAUUUUCCACAAACUGCCGUGACAGACACUUCAAAUGACAAUCUUUUUCCUCAAGGGUUAGCAUUUAAGAUGAACAUUCUCCAAAUGAUCCGCCAAGGGCAAUCUUUUUGUCUACUACUUUCUCCCUACAUUUGUUUAAUUAUCCAGAAAAAAAAGUGAUAUUGAGCUUUCAGGUGAAAUCCCAGGAUAAACCCAAAUUGCACUUUAAUCUUAGAGUAAACUUGCCUUCUCUAAACUUUGAAAUACACAUGUCCAACUGCUCAAAGUUUCUGUUCUCCCAACAUAUAUUUGAGGCAUAAAAAUGUGCAACAACGUCACUUCUGUUGCAUUUGCCGACUGAUUUAAAGCCAGGCAGUUUAUUGACAAUUGCACUUGGGAGUCUUUCUCUUUUAAAUUAUUUCUACACUAGCCUACCUUCUGCAUAGAUUUAAUAAUAAGGUAGUGAUUGAGUUACAAUGCACAAUAGGUCCCCAAAAGGCGACGCUUUGUUUAAUUGCUUGACAGGCUCAGAGGGGGUUGGCUACUGCUGACCUGUCAAGAGUCAGUGACACUGGUAGGGUGGGGGUGGGGGCAACUUGGGAGGGGGACAGUUGUAUAAAUUGUUGCAUGCAUGUUGCAGUGCAGACAACUUGUGAGCAUUUCACCAUGAGUACUAAAGCAGAGCUUCCAAUCUGGACUCAGCAAGCGGAGGAGCACAAAAACUGGAUUUGUCCCAACUCCCUGCACGUCUUUUCCACGAGGACAGAUGUGCCGGAGCACCUUGCGCCGGAGAUGCUGAGCCUCGUCUCCACCGUGGAGUCGGGUGACACACCACCACAUUGCGGCCCGCACAGACACCGGCGGGUGGCGGCCAACGCCCGGGAGAGGAGGAGGAUGCACGGCCUUAACAAAGCCUUCGACGAGUUGAGGAGCGUCAUUCCCUCGCUGGAAAACGAGAAGAAGCUGUCCAAAUACGACACCCUUCAAAUGGCGCAGAUUUACAUCACUGAGCUGUCGGAGCUCCUGGCCGGGGUGGUCCAGCAUCAUCCGGGCUCCGCGGAAAGAGCCUCCUGCAGGAGGAACAUGAGCCACACUCACAUGCCAGAGCAAAGCCCGCGGGGAGAGCGGCGGGGCUCUUCCUCUUCACACCUCAUCAUACUCGGACCUAAAAGUGAGCUCACUAAAAGCACCUCCUGCCACUGCAGUGAUGGAGAAUCUUCUCAUCUCAGUGACGUAGAGGAGAGUCAAAGUGGGGGACAUUAAAUUGGCACCCUGGAAGGUUGAAGUGUCUUGG